AGUCAAUAAAAAGCAGACCAAAGCAAAUAAACUAAAUAUAAAAAGCAGCAUUAAUGAUAGUGUAAUACCAUUCCAAGAACCAAGAGGCACUGGGUUUCCUCUUAAAGUGCAAAACCCCACUGUGAGCUUCAGACAUGAGGCAGAUGAAACGCACCGCAUACAGCAUCCUGCUGGUCUGCGUCCUGGCGCUGUGGAUGGACUCUGUCCAGGCUGGCUCCAGCUUCCUCAGCCCCUCACAGAGACCGCAGGGGAAGGAUAAGAAGCCUCCCAGGGUUGGCAGACGAGACUCAGAUGGGAUCCUGGACCUGUUUAUGAGGCCCCCAUUGCAGGAUGAAGACAUCAGACACAUUACGUUUAACACUCCUUUUGAGAUCGGGAUCACCAUGACUGAGGAGCUGUUCCAGCAAUAUGGAGAAGUGAUGCAGAAGAUCAUGCAGGAUUUGCUGAUGGACACACCUGCCAAAGAGUGACAAGAGUGGAUAUGAUCUGGACUUCAUAAAACCCUGCGUCCCAUAUAUUCCUGCAUUAUUGCAUGCAUAAUUCAACCAAUUGUUAAACACAAUAAAAUUUUGCAAACGCAA